UAAAAAUUGUAGAUGACAACUUCGAAAUCGUGCAAACAGAAAGAUUCCCAAAAAUAAAGUGUUUCAGUUGUUCCAGUUGUGGCAGUAAAAACCUGGUAAAAAGAUGCCGUAAAGAUAUGUGUGCAGUGAUCACUAUGCAUGGAAGGUUUGAUUUAUUCAAGUUUUCACAAUUCUGUGAAGAUUGCCGAAAUAUCAUGGAUCCAUUUGAUAUUGAGUACCUUCUCAAAUGUGGUUACUGGCCUGGAACACCUCUGUCAUCACCAAACUAUAUCAUUGAUGAGAAUGUAUUCAUUGUCUGGGAUGCUUUUCGAAAACGCAUGCCAGGCAGUUCUGAAAAAUCUUUCCUCAUGUGCUUAUCUGAUCUAUCAGAAGAAAAUGGUCGGAAGAAAAAGGCCAACGUUCUAUGUGAAUGGAUUGUUCUCAUCUAAUGACAAAGUUGAGAAGUACAUAAGAAAAAUAUAUGGCGAAAAAAGAGGCACAAAUAAGAUUGAAACUGAUUAUCAUUGUGGUGGUGUUUGGAAUGCAGCAAAAAAUGCAAAAAAGAAAACAAACUCUCUUGACGAAACAGGUAUUGAACUGGCUUCGUGUCGUCACAGAAUUGCGCAAAAAGCUUUGAACAUGUUUCAAGGAGAACUUUUUGGUUACCCGCUGUAUUUAAUGAAAACAUUUAUGGCUGAAAAAAAUGUAAAGUUCUGUUUUGCUGAUGUAAUGUGCAAGUUAUGGAAAUUUGUGAAACAACAUGAGCCAUCUCUUCCGUCUUUGUUAAGACCAGCUUUAUCAGUUAUGCAUGCGAAGGGUCAUGCCCUAAACUGCCAGAUAUUGUGGAGUGGUGAAUGGUUAGAAGGCACCGGAAAGUCGACUGGAGAAGAAACUGAACAAGUGUUUGGUUAUCUGUCAAGAUGUGGAAAUACGACUAAGCACCAGACUCCUGAGAAUCGUGAAGAAACAAUAACUGAAAUGGCAAUGUUCUGGAAUAAACGAAAGAUAUUAAAUAUUAUCAAAGAACUUAGUAGGAGGUUUUUAAAGUGCAAACAUGACAUAGUCAAGGCCGACGAUGCUCUUACAAAAGUAAAACAAGACACUGGAUUACAUGAAAUGGAAAAAGAAGUGGAUAAAUGGAUCAAUGACAUGAAAGUAUCAGCUUCUGGGUUCUUAUCAAAUGCAGUUAACAGAAAACUAACCUCCAACGAAAAGUUUGUUUUGUUGCUAGAUGAUAUGCAACAUUUGCCCUGUGCUGCUCCAUUUCUUGUACUUCUUGAUGGUUUGCAUUUUCCGAAGACCAUAAAAAAAGGAUAUUAUUAUCGAUUCCUUGAGUUUGGGCUGGAAGAAAAGCAACAUGAACUUCAAAGGCUUCUGAAUAUACCAGCUUGUAUAGAAUCCAUUCUGGAAUCGUAUUCACUGCUUAAAAAUGAUAUAUGGAAACCGAUAUAUCAAACAGAAAUUGAUAAAGCUUUCAUGGUAAAAGUGUCUUGGGAAUGCAGAUCAAAAAAAUUGCAGACACAAGUAAAAGACGUCAUGUUGUUAGAGCGAAGUUUGGCGUUGCUGAUAAGACAUUGAAGGAAUUAAUCGUUGAUUACUGCCGUGUUUAUUCAAUAGAGAACGUUGAAGAGGUAUUUAGAUGUUGUGAGACUGGAGAAUUUCCUUGGAUUGGUAUCUCAUCCAGAGGCGAACCUUCAGGUAUUAUCUAUUAAACUCAAAAGUUUAAGUCAAUUGACUUUUGGCUAACAAUGCCAUUAUAGCUGGCCUAAUCGUACAUUUUCACUUUAUUUAUUCAGCUGUUGAUCGCCAACUGUGUACUGAACUGACACAAAAAAAACGUCGUCUUGUGGAAGAACGUGAAUUACUUACACACGGAGUAUGUCGUACAGAAUACAAACAAAAGGCUCGUACUACUGUUGAUUUGAGCGAAAUUAUGCAAGUAUUAGUUAAGUUUGUAUCACGCCGUCACGGUUUUAAUUUAAUCCAUACACACGGAGA